AUGGGAGCGUCAUUGUAUCACUUGAUUGCUUUCUUUGUGGCUCUCGGCACGAUCCACUGCCAAACAGUUUGCAACAGGCCAGCCUCACUCGAAUGGCACCUGAAACAACACGCAGUCCAAGUGAAUUGGACCCUCAUAGGAAACAUCUGUACAAGCGUUUCGGAGUGCUGGGAUUCUCAGGGGGGAGACGACUCGAGCGGGCACCCUUUCAACUUCCCACAGAUAUGCCCACUUCAGCUGCAGCACGGAGACAAACUGCUGAUGUCUGCUGAUGAAACACUGAAGUCAUAUGGCAUCAGACUCCUCAACGUUUCAAAAUACGACUUUGAAAACUGCUCCACAAGUGGACUGAUAAAAGAUCAGUUCCUUUUCCCCCACAAUAUAAAUGAAAGUGCGCAAGUCGAGGCCAAGUGGCUCGUUCCCGGUCAUCAUUACUUCAUCGCUCUGCAUGAGGGAGAUCCGCAGCUGUGCAAGCUUGGCUUAAGGCUGAAUGUGUCUGUUAAAACGCAACUUUGUCAGGGUUCUCCUCUGCUUCGACUUUGUUCAGGGAGCGGUAUUUGUCAAACAGACCUCUGGGAGGGCGCAUACCACUGUCGAUGCCACCACCAUUACUCUGGGAGGUUUUGUGAAAAGUUUGAUGCCUGUUUGGAUAACCCUUGUGAAAACAAAGGAGUCUGUUUGAGCAAUGGAUCCACAGAUCCAAACCACAGAACGUAUAAAUGUCUGUGUCCUCCACAUUUUACAGGGGUUAACUGCUCCGAAGUCAUCGGGAAAGAAAACUGUGAAAGGGUUUGUGAAAAUGGGACGUGCGUUCGAGUGUUGCCUACGUCCUUCAAAUGCGUCUGUGACACAGGAGUCUCUGGUCCACCUUGUGCGAAGGAGAGCGCCCCCUGUCAUCCAAAUCCAUGCAGAAAUGGCGGCUUGUGCGAGGAGAGCCCCACAGGAUUUGUAUGUCAUUGUCCGGAAGGAUUCGGGGGCCUCUUCUGUGACUCCAGAGUUGACUUCGAUUAUGGUAAUGUGGUCCCAGCAUGCAGGAGGCAGCAGAACCUGUGCAUCCCAUCACCAUGUCUCAACAAUGCCACCUGCGUGUCCAGGGGAAAUGACUAUGUCUGCAGAUGUCUGAGAGGGUUUUCUGGGAAGAACUGUGAAGAAAUAAUUGACUACUGCAGGCUGCUCAAUAUCAACUGCCUAAAUGAGGGAUUGUGCUUGAGUGUAAUUGGCGGAUAUCAGUGUGUUUGUACCCCAGGAUGGAUCGGAGAGUUUUGUCAAUAUGUGGGCAAUGCCUGCUUGAUGAAACCAAACAGCUGCUUGAACGGAGCCACGUGCAUUACAACUAGUCAGCCGUCAUCUCCCCCACAGUACACCUGCAAAUGCCUCCCCGGCUUCACAGGAACAAAAUGUGAGACUGAGAUCAACGAGUGCGACUCCGGCCCCUGUCAGCACAACGGCACAUGCUCUGAUUUACUAGGACGCUACAAAUGCCAAUGUCCUACAGGUUUUCUGGGAACGAAUUGUGAAGUCGACAUAGAUGCUUGUGCGCUGCCCAACAACACGUGUCCACCAAAGACUCAGUGUUUGGAUCUCCCAGACGGUCUCGAAUACACCUGCCGUGUCGCCUGCCCUCGAAACUUUCAACCCUGUGCCAACGGAGGACGCUGCGUGUUGAAUAAUGCCAGCAGCUACACCUGUGUCUGUGCGCCUGGUUGGUCUGGUCACAACUGCCGUAUAAAUGUCAAUGAUUGUGUUCAACAUCGGUGUCAAAAUGGAGCCACCUGUGUGGAUGGGAUUGAUGGUUACAGCUGCCAUUGUCCCAGAGGAUACACAGGCGUACGCUGUGAAGAGGACAUUGAUUACUGUGUUGGUCAUCACUGCUCUGAACACGGUGUUUGCCUGGACCAGCAGUAUAACUUCACCUGCCGCUGCAUGCUCGGAUUUGAAGGGUCGCUCUGUGAACUGGAAACAAAUGAGUGUAACAGCUUCCCCUGUGCAAGCGGUGCCACCUGUGUGGACCUAAUCAGUGAUUAUCGGUGCCACUGUCCCCCAGGGUUUGAGGGAAGGACCUGCUCUGAGAAUGUAAAUGAUUGCUGGUCGCAGCCUUGUCUAAAUGGAGGCUCGUGUAUGGAUCUGAUAAAUGACUACAUUUGUCAUUGUCCUUUUGGAUACCAUGGCAAAGACUGCUCCUCAUCUGUGAACCAAUGUGUGUCGAAUCCUUGCGACCCUGAGGGGACUCUCCUCUGUGAAGAGCUGGCAAAUACUUAUAGAUGUGUGUGUCAACAUGGCUACACUGGGCCACACUGCAAAACACCUAUAAACCACUGUGUCGAUGGCCUGUGUCAGCACAGUUCAGUGUGUGUGGAUCUAUCAAGAGGGUUCAAGUGUGAUUGUUUACCAGGUUUCACAGGCCAGUUUUGUGAGAUGAACAUUGACGAUUGUGAUGAACAGCCGUGUGGAGUCCUGAGUAUUUGUAAAGACACUGUGAAUGGCUACAGCUGCUUCUGUGCGCCUGGAUUUAUUGGAACUAACUGUGAGAUUGAAGUGAAUGAAUGUCUCAGCCAGCCCUGCCAGAAUGGAGGCUCCUGCGUUGAUGAGCUCAACUCAUUCAGCUGCCAGUGUCCUCCUGGAGUCGCAGGGAAUUAUUGUGAAGUCAGCACAGAUGAGUGCACAUCCUCUCCCUGUCUGCACAAUGCCACAUGUGUUGACCUUGCUCAUGGCUAUGGAUGUGUCUGUGCGCCCGGCUUUACAGGUACAAAGUGUGAACUUGACAUUGAUGAGUGUGCUUCAUCUCCCUGCAAGAAUGGAGCCACUUGCAUUGACCAGCCUGGUAAUUACUUCUGCCUAUGUGUGGCUCCAUUUAAAGGUCAUAAUUGUGAGUUCCUACCCUGCGAGGCCAGUAAUCCCUGUGAGAACGGUGCAGUGUGUGUGGAGGAGUUGGAUCAGGACCAUUUCCCUUUAGGUUUCCGCUGUCACUGUCGCCGGGGCUUCACUGGCCCCCGCUGUGAAAUCAAUGUGGAUGAGUGCGGCUCUAGCCCCUGUCUUCACGGCUUCUGCUAUGAUGUUGUAGAUGGCUUUUACUGCCUUUGCAGUCCGGGUUAUGCCGGGCUGAGAUGUGAGCAAGACAUCGAUGACUGCGUGAACAGUUUGUGCAGUCCCAAUUCUGUUUGUAAGGACCUCCAUCUGAGUUAUGAGUGUGUGUGUCAUCCUGGCUGGGAGGGGGAGUACUGCCAACAAGAAAUUGAUGAAUGUUUAUCACAGCCCUGCAAAAACAACGCCACCUGCACAGACCUUCUCAACAGCUACAAGUGUUUGUGCUCACCGGGGUGGACAGGUGUGGACUGUGCAGAGGAUGUGGAUGAGUGUGAUUCUGGGCCCUGUCUAAAUGGAGCUCAGUGUCAGGAGUCAGACAUACCUGGGGAGUUCUCCUGCACCUGUCCCCCCUUCUUCAGUGGCCCCCUGUGCAACCAGCCUUAUGACCCCUGUGACCCCCUCCACAAUCCGUGCCUGCACAACUCCACCUGCCUGACACGCUCCGAUGGAACAGCCUCCUGCAGAUGCCCAGCUGGAUUUGAAGGAAGUUGGUGUGAAAUUGACACCAAUGAGUGUAGCUCAAAUCCAUGCCAAAACCAGGGUGACUGUGUGGACGGGGUCAACAGUUACAGCUGUGAUUGUACGAUGGGAUUUGCUGGCCAUCACUGUGAGGAAGACAUCAAUGAAUGCACCUCUAGCCCUUGCCACAACGCUGGCAUUUGUGAAGACCUUGUGAACGAAUUCCGCUGCAUUUGCCCUCCUGGUUAUUUUGGAACGCUGUGUGACCUGGAUGUGAAUGAGUGUGAAGUUUCACCUUGCCUACACGAGGGCAUCUGUAUCAACACGCCCGGGGGCUUCAAGUGUGUCUGUCGCCCUGGAUACUCAGGUGCACGGUGUGAAGUUAACAUCGAUGAGUGCGUUUCAAACCCAUGUCAAAAUAGUGGGAGAUGUAUCGAUGCGCCUAAUCGAUACCACUGCUCAUGCCCUGAUGGCUUCAUUGGGCUCCACUGUGAGAUCAACACUGAUGAAUGCAUGUCAGCGCCUUGUCUUCAUGGGAGCUGUAAGGAUGGAAUACGUUCCUACUCCUGCCUGUGUGAAUCCGGAUGGACUGGCAGCAGAUGUGAAACAAACAUCGACGACUGUGCUUCCAGCCCCUGUCUGAAUGGAGGCUCGUGUGUGGACCUCACUGAUAAAUAUGCAUGCUUCUGUCAGGACGGUUACACGGGGAAAACCUGUGAGACUGAUGUAGACGUCUGCAAACAGGCCGCUGUUAAUGUCUCGCUGUGUUUCAAUGGAGCCACCUGCCUUGACGGUGAAGGAUCAAACUUUACAUGCAUCUGUCCACCAGGAUUCAUGGGGGAUUUCUGUGAAGUGGAUGUUAACGAAUGUUGCUCAGCGCCCUGCCACAACGGUGCCAUUUGCCAAGAUCUUAUUAAUAGCUACGUCUGCCACUGCAGGUCAGGUUGGACAGGCCUUCACUGUGAGGAUGACAUUAAUGAGUGCCUUCCACCGCCCUGCAACCAGGGGAUAUGCAUUCAGAAUGAUCCAGGCUAUGGCUACACCUGUUUCUGUCGUCCUGGAUUUGUGGGGAAGAACUGUGAGCACAACUAUGAUGAUUGCCUGUCGAAUCCAUGUCCAGAAGCAUUUUCCUGUGUAGAUGGCAUCAACAAGGUCAGUUGCCUGCCUCCUGUUACGGAUGCUGUUCCCUUGACGACUGUAGUCAAGAACAUCACUCGUGGCUCCACACCUAGAGUGCCAACGCCAACACUCAUCCCGGUACCAACAGCUGAGCAAACCACAGAUUCAAGCUACAUUCAGUACUUUGGGAAUUCAUACCUUGAGUUUAAGGGUAUUGACCUCAGCGCACUCAACAACAUUACUGUCAGAUUCCAGACCCAAGUGGCCCAGGGAACUAUAUUUUAUGUGGACCAAGGACCUGCUAAUGGUGAUUUCUUUUUCAUGAAACUCCUCAUCUUGGAUGGAAUCUUACAGUACGCCUUUUGCUGCAAUGAGGAGGAAGAGAUCACACGGAUCAGUACAUUGAUUCGUGUUGAUGAUGGCAUGGUUCACAUUGCUAAUAUCAGGCAGCACCUGACCCCUUGUGAAGCAGAGCUAACUCUCUCCGGUCAUGAGAAAAUCAAAAGCUCCGCAAGUAAUUACUGGUUGGGACACAUGAUACAAAGCACAAACCACAUCUUCACAGGAGGUCUGCCACAACAAUACCUACCCAGUCAGAAAGCGAAACCUUUCCACAACUAUACUGGCUGCAUUGAAAUAAUUGAAAUGAAUAACCUGAGGAGCUUUUACACAUCUGAUGCCAUCGAUGGCAGAAACAUUGACCAAUGCAGAUAUACUUGGCAUGUCAUUGAAGCCUCCACGACAAGUUCCUCAACUUUGGAAACUCAAUCAACCACGCCUGACACCAUGAACGCAACGACUGUGGCAGCUCCCACACAAACACCAAAACACCCUGUGUACAAACCUCAGGUCUGCCGCGACGGCGUCUGCCGCAACGGAGGAACAUGUCAUGAGCUGCAGCUGCCUGGUGGAGCUCUGCCUUCCUGUCACUGCCCGCUUCACUUUACUGGAACUUUUUGUGAGAAAGAUACAACAGUAUACAUCCCCUCAUUUGAUGGCACAUCUUAUUUGGAGCUUCAGCCGCUUGCAUUCCUUCUCCAGCCUUCUCUACCUGCUGCUGUCAAGGACACCACUGUUACUCUCUAUUUGACAGUGAAAACAAGAUCUGCACAGGGCACCAUCCUCCACACUCAGGAGCAGAACUUUGGGGAUCGGUUCCUUCAUGUGUUCCUUCAAGAUGGAGCUCCUGUUGCUAAACUUGGGUGCGGUGGCGGCCAUGUUUUGAAUGCAGCAGCAGAGCAGAACAUCAACAACAACAGAUGGAUGCCAAUCACAAUCCGAUACAAUCUGCCUGUUGGCAAACAAGGGGGGUCAUGUAUGAUUGAAAUAGCUGCAGAUAAUGGCACAGCCCAGCGUCUCGAGGAGUACGUGUCACCUGCCGUGUCAGAGGGAACUUUUGGUCCCAUAUUUCUUGGGGAUAUGUCGUCCCACUGGGAGAUGCAUGAUGGGAGUGCAAAGGGAGCAAGGAGAUUCAUUGGCUGUAUCAGGGAACUUCAGGUCAACUCAAAGGAGAUUUACCUGGUGGGUGAGGCAGUGAGAGGGAGAAACAUCAAGAACUGUGACCCGCCCGUCUGCCAACACCUUCCCUGUCGUAAUGGAGGGACUUGUGUCAGUGAUGCUGAGGACUGGUUCUGCGAGUGCCCCCCGCUCUACACAGGCCGGCUGUGCCAGUUCAAUGCCUGUGAGCGCAACCCCUGCGGUCAUGGAGCCACAUGCAUCCCAAAGUCGCCACUGGAGGCUGUGUGUCUCUGCCCCUACGGAAGGCAAGGUCUACUGUGUGAUGAACCCAUCAACAUAACUCGUGCCAGAUUCAGCGGGAGUGAUGAGUUUGGUUACACCUCCUUUGUGGCCUAUUCCUCCAUCCCGAGCCUCAGUCUGUUCUACGAGUUCAAACUGAAGUUCACACUCACCAGCAAUUCAUCCGCUGUGAAAGACAACCUGAUCCUGUUCGCUGGGCAUAAAGGACAAGGAAAUGAUGGCGAUGACUUCCUCGUUUUGGGAAUACGAAAUGGCCGAGUUGUGCAUAAAUUCAACCUUGGAUCAGGCGUAGCCACCAUAGUCAGUGAUCGACUGAACCACCAGAUCAACAUUCACACUGUUACAUUUGGAAGGUCCAAGAAAACAGGAUGGCUGAAGCUUGAUGGACAACGUAACAGGACGGGAUCGUCUCCAGGACCUCUGGUGGGCCUCAAUGUUUUCAACCAGCUCUUUGUAGGUGGAUAUAAUGAGUACACCCCAGAGCUACUCCCUCUUGGCUCCAGGUUCCGGCAUGGCUUCCAGGGGUGCAUUUUUGAUGUGCAGUUUCGCACAAGAAGAGACAGAAAGUUCCAAGUACUGGGACAGCCUGCGGGACAUCCAGCCUUCGGGCGCAGUGUGGGUCAAUGUGGAGUCACGCCGUGCGUUCAUAUUCACUGCAGGAACGGGGGAACAUGCGUGGACUCCGGCUCAUCUGUGUAUUGCCAGUGCCCAUUUGGAUGGAAGGGAGCACUCUGUUCUGAGACCGUGUCUGUGUGUGAUGUCGAGCACAGUCCCCCUCCUCUGUGUGCCCACGGCUCCACCUGCAUCCCUCUCCCAAGUGGAUAUACCUGCCAGUGCCCCCUUGGGACUGCAGGGCUCUACUGCGAGCAAGCUGUGACCAUCAGUGAUCCAUUCUUCAGCGGGAACCUGUCUUCAUGGAUGUCAUUCCCACCUAUGAGCAUUAGACACAGGACUGCUUUGCAGCUGCAGUUCCAGCCGUUGUCACCAGAGGGCAUCCUGGUCUACACUGCACAGCAUCUCAGUGCAAGAGCAGGAGACUUUUUCUGCCUCUCCUUGAAAUCUGGGUUUGUCCAGCUGCGGUUCAAUCUGGGAGACGGCACCCACAUGCUGCAGUCCGUUGGGCGAGUGGACUCGCGCGGCAGGACCUGGCACACGGUGAAGGCUGGCCGAAUUGGACAGCAAGGCUUCCUCAGUCUGGAUAAUAAAGAGGUUAUAGAGAAUGUGACUGAAGGGAUGACCACCCUCGAUGUCGCUACAGACAUCUUCGUCGGAGGUGUGUCCACUCUCAGUUUCGUCUCCACGGAUGCAACCGAAGGGGAGCCAAUGGGCUUCACUGGCGGGCUAAGAGAACUUAUAGUCAACGGUCAAGAGCUUGGGUUAACAGAGGUGGGGGCAGUAGGGGGAGCAAACGUAGGGGACUGGGAUGGGACGGCCUGCGGGUACAAGGUGUGCCAAAAUGGAGGUCACUGCAGGGCAGCGAGUCACUCAUUCACAUGUAUAUGCCCACCAUCAUGGACUGGCUCUGUGUGCAACCAGUCUGUCAGCUGUGCAAACAACAUGUGCAUACACGGCUCCUUGUGCGCUCCAUUCAAUGUGACCUCAUACCGCUGCAUGUGCCCCUUAGGACUGGGAGGGAGGUACUGUGACACAGAAAUAUCCACAGACACACUAAAGUUUGUGGGAAACUCGUUUGUUAGAUACUGGGACCCAAGAUACAACGUGAGAAAUUUAAAAUACACACAGGUUUCUUUCAGCUUCCGCACAAGCUCAAAUGCGAGUCUGAUCAUGUGGAUGGGAAAGGCAGAGCACGAAGAUGACGACUACCUCGCAAUUGGACUCGAGAGUGGCCACCUGAAAAUUGCAGUCAAUCUCGGCGAGAGACUUUCCCUCCCAUUAACUUUCAGAAAUCUUACACUGUGCUGCAACAAAUGGCAUAAUGUCUCCCUAUCUCUAAACAGCACCGUCAUUCAGGUGUUCCUGAAUAGUACGAGAAUCCUUUUUGAAGAUGUGGACCCAUUUGAGCGUUACGUGGCCUUAAACUAUGGGGGUCAACUUUAUUUUGGAGGGUUCGAAUUACACAGAAACAUAUCGGUUGUCACUUCUGGGUUGUUUUCAAAGGGCUUUGAAGGAAAUCUUAAAAAUGUUCAUUUGUUUGAAGAUACCAAACCAGUGCUGUUUCUCAAAAAUAGUGAAGGUUUUAAUGUUCAUGAGGGAAAUGAAUAG